CCAGCCUUACUAACACAACAGAAGAGAAAGAAGACAAACAGAGCAUGCAACCACUGCCACCGGGCCCAUAUGACAUGCGACACCAACAGACCCUGCAAGCGGUGCAUCCAGCGAGGGUUGGAUGCCACAUGUGAAGAUGCACCCCGCAAGAGAAAGAAGUACCUAGCAGACGUGCCCAACUCCAUCCUCAGCCUGGCCAGCAUGGAAAUGGCACCACAACAACCCAAUCCGGCCCAGAAAGGCAUGAACGAGCUCCAGUUUCCGUCCGAUAGCUCGUUUGGUGGGUUCAACCCCGUAAAGUCGGAAUCCAUGUCCAUGCCAAUGCACCCCAACCAGCGGCCCAACGCCCAGCUCCCCCAGUUGCCUCCCCAGUUGUCGCAAUUGCCUCCUCCACAGGGCCUCCCGCUCCCCCAAAUUCCCCAGUACAACCAAUCGCCCAAUCCGUCUAAUGAUCCCCUACAUCGUCACCUCAAGCGUGCUCCUCGAAGGACAAACUUCCUUUCCUCUGCUGCCGAUAUGGAGUACUCCACGCUCUCGAGCAUACUACAGGAUAGUGUGGGCCACCCAGGCCACUCGACUUCCAAUGAAGGCACUCCCAACUCCUUUAACAUCUCCCCAGCAUUAUCACCCAGCACCAUGAGCAAUUCCAUAUCAGGCAACGCCCGAAACCCUCCCUCCGACCUUCAUUUCCAUCAUAAGUCGCAAAUAUCGCCGUACUUCUCGGGCUCGUCCCAGACAUCCUCCCCAAGGGAUCCCGCAGGCAGAUCCAGGAGCAAUACUUCCAUAUACGAUAAUCCACGGUACCCCAAGUGCGACGAGUCGAUCAACCAAUACUUCCUCGGGCCUACGGAGACGGAUAAUGUGCUGAUGUUUCCCGACGUCAUCACUGCCAUCGACUCCAUCAAGCAUAACGAUCCUGCGGUGUACAACGAGCGUAACUCAAAGCUGACCCUCUCGUUCACCAUUGGCAUUGUUCCUGAUGACAGUCACUACACCAAGUUGGGAGAUGCCCAGGACAACGAAGGGUUCUUCAAGGAACCUGAGGAAAUCUACGCCAAGGUCACCAAACCGUUCUCGUACACUCCAGGGUACCAUUCUUUGAUUGCAUACCUCAAAAAGCGGUUUCCCAAGCCAAUGUUAGUGCAAAUGGCCAAGUCCAUGGCUGCAUACAGACCCUCAUUCAUUGCAUGUACCAACUCGCUCAAAGAGGGCGACUUGAUCUUCAUGGAGCAGUGCUUUCAACGGACGUUGUUGACUUAUGAUAACUUUGUGAGAGUCAGUGGUACUCCCACCAUAGUUUGGAGACGUACGGGGGAGAUUGCCUACGUGGGCAACGAAUUCUGCAUUCUCACGGGUUGGUCCAAGAACGAGUUGGUGGGCCAGAAGAAAUUCAUCGUGGAGUUGCUAGACGACAAGUCAGUAGUGGAGUACUUCCAGUUAUUUUCGAGAAUUGCAUUUGGGGACUUUUUGGGUGCUACCAUGACAGAAUGUACGUUGUUGACCCCCAAGAGUGACGUUAAAAUCAGAACAGGAUGUAUGUGGACGCUAAAGAGAGAUGUGUUUGGAAUUCCCAUGAUGAUUAUUGGUAACUUUCUCCCUAUUGUAUAA